AUGUCUGAUAUAAUACAAUCCGAUUACAAAGAACAUUGGCAAGAAAUAGAAAUUAUUCUUGAAAGACUAACAAGCGAUGAUAAAUCAUUGGGUUUUACUGUUGCCGGCGGUACUCAUGUACCUUUUCUUCCUCGUCAUCGUCGUCUUGCAUCUAUUGUUAUUGUAAAUAUAAUUGAAAAUAGUCUUGCACAUAGAGAUAAACGAUUGAAAUUAUAUGAUAUAAUAUUGCGUGUGAAUAAUAUUGAUUUUACAAAUAUUAAAUAUGAAACAGCUGUUCAUAUUUUGAGAAAAGCAGGACCAACAGUUAAAUUGCUAAUACGUCGUCUCUCACCAUCGAUUGGCAACGAGAUCAUAUUAGAGCAUAGAGGAAAACUAGGCAUUACCAUUAGAGGUGGAAUUGGAAAUGAAUGUUUUCCAAAUGAUCAUGGUAUAUUUAUUGCAGAUAUUAGGAAAUAUCACGGUAAUCAACAGUUAUAUCGAGGUGACCGAUUAUUACAAAUUUCAACAAUGCGUAACACUUACGAUGUACAAUUUGUUACGCAUAAAAUGGCAGAACAAAUAAUAAAGUUAGCACGCAAAGAAAGUAAAACGAUUACAUUAUAUGUUGGACAUGCAAAGCCUAGUGUUGGAAUAUCUACAACAACAACAACAACAACAACAGCAGUGAAAUAUUUGGAGCCUAGUCAUAAAGCGAUUGUUGACGGUGAAAAGUUAAACAACUUAGAUGAACAGAGACACUUUGAAGUAUGGGAUGUUUCGGUUCUUGACUUAAAAUAG